AUAAUAAACAACAGUAAUGUUUCUUCAGGCUGAAGAAAGGACUCUGAAAAGAGUGAGAAGAAAGAUCCGCAACAAGCAGUCUGCUCAGGAGAGCCGUAAAAAGAAAAAGGUGUAUGUGGAUGGUUUAGAGAGCAGAGUGGCAGCCUGCACUGCCCAGAACCAGGAACUGCAGAAGAAGGUGCAACAGCUACAGAAGCAAAAUAUGUCUCUGAUAGAGCAGUUGAGGAAGCUGCAGUCACUGAUGAAACAGACCACGAUGAAGACAACAACUACCAGUACCUUCAUCAUGGUCUUCCUGUUGUCCUUCUGUUUGAUUAUCUUCCCAAGCGUAAAUCCGUUUGGCAGCAGUAGAAACCAGAAGGAUCUAUACAUCUCUUCAAAUGUACUUUCAAGAAAUAUUCGAUCCCUUCCUUCCAUGGAAACGAACAAGUUGGAAUAUGGAGAAGGGGCUAAAGACAUGGACAGCAAAGAUGUUUUCCUUCCCAGCAUAGAACACAUCAAGACCACGCUGAAGCCUGGUGGCCAGAAUCACACCCCAGAUUAUCAGAAAGUAGAUCAAGCCGAGUCAGAAUCUGCCGUCAGCAGCAACUCGUCCUCCGACUUCCCGUCUCAGGGUAAAACCAACCUCGCACCCGCAGCCGGCCAGGACAAUCGCCAGGCCUCGGCAAGAGAAGUAAGGGAUUAUCAGACUACAGGCCCUGCAGUGAAUAAAGACGACUGGAUGGACAGGAAAAGCACUUCUGUAAUAAUACAGCAGCAUCGCUCUGAUGAAAUGUAGAGGAUCUUCCCUGCUUCCUUCCAGGAAGAAGGGGAAAAUACUGUGCACUGUCUGUUCCAUGCACUGCCCUGAAGUGUAUUGUGACAUCUAGAAAAUAAUGGUCUCUGCAAAGACAUGAACAUGUGAAAUGUGAUCCCUUAAUGUCUUUUUAAGGUAGAAAAAAUGCCUGCAAAACAUUUUUUUUUCAUCGCGGGAAGCGGUGAUGAUAAAAUAUAUGCUUUUCCCAGUUUGGGAAUUUUAAAACUCUUAGUUAUUUCAGCCUUUUGCUUUUGUUAGCAUGGUUAUUAUUUACUGGGGCAGUAUUGCAGAGUGGUGAUUAGGGCUUUCAACUUAUAACUGAAGGAUUGUGACUGAGCACUGCUAUUGCACUCAUGAGCAAGGUACUGCACUCGGAUUGCUUCGGUAAAAAGCCCAGCAGGCUGGCUUUCUCGGGUCCCUUAAGGAUUUUCCUUGAGUCAAAAUUAAAGUUGCAGGUCCCCUCAUAGUGUUCAAGCUUGAAAAGUUCACUUCUUUAGCCCAUCCGAGUUAGAGAUCCUUUGGAAAUGCGGUCAAAGAAAUGUGAUGAACUAAACAAACUGCCCUCAGCAAUAAAGAUAAUGAGGAAGAAGAAACAGUGUUUUUGACUGUGAAGGACUAGUUCUUUAAUUGGAAAUGUGUUUGCUGACAAUUAAAGGUGCCAUAGGAGGCAUGCCUAGAGAGUUAAUUUAGCAAAAGCUUGGCAUUCCCAUUGCUACACGUUGUAACACAUUUCCAGCAUCUACAAAAAAUAAUUAAAACAACAUCUUCAUCAUCAAAUCCCAAAUAAAGGUUUGGUUAAGAAGUCCAUGUUUUGGCUAUACAGUAAUACAGGCAGAAUGUUUCCUUUUUUCAUGGAUUUUCAUGUCUUUAGACACUACAGGUGAUCAUGAUUUUUACUCUCAGCGCUGAAAGUUGCUUUUACUUUUGUAUAUUUUACCUGUUUUUUACAUUUAGAAAUAACAUAGAACAUUCCCAGUACUAAAGAGUAUUAAAAGUCUUGUUGGCAGAUGCAACAUAUGAAACAUUUGGUAGAGGCUGGAUCAUUUUUAUUUGUAUAUAGGAGAAGAAUGAUAUAUUAUUGCUAAAUGUAUUUGUGCUGGUUUUCCGGUGUGUAUAUAUAUAUAAAACAUCAAGAGACGAAAUGCUAUGACCUGCAAUAUCAGCGAUUGCAUUUUUUGUGAAUGUUUUUAUGUGGCAUUUUGUAUAGAAAAGUAACAAAGUCUUCUUUUCAGUUAAAGAACUGUUUCUCCGUUUUUUCCCUCGCGCACCUUACCGCUGUGAUAUUCUUGUACUGGUCUGUUAAUUGUAAUCGAGUUCAGUUUUGUUUUCACGAUCUUUUUAAUAAAAGCAUAAUGGACACCAACAGA